AUGGAUGCCUCGUUUUCUCCGUCCGGUUCCCCCCCACGCGCGAUUGAAGAGCCAAAGCGUCCCUCGACUACUUUUCUGCUUUCCUCAAAAGGUUUUUUCAAAAGCAAAGGAAACAAUCAGCCCCCUUUUGGAGAACAACGGGUGGGUUUGUCUUCUUCGUGCGCUAAUUCCAUCGUCGAAGAUCCGAUUUUUGAAGCAAAGCAGUUGGGUGCUCAUCAUUUGGAUUUGGACGCUAUAAUGUCAGAGUUGGAAACUACUGAUAAUUUUCGUAGCUUUGUUAAUGGUGAUGGUGCCAAUGAUGAUGGAGAUUAUGAAAAUGAUGACGACUACCAAGAUGAUGUCGGAGUACAAGAUGAGGAGGAGGUGGAUUCAGAGUUACAGAAUGAGGAUGAUGGAGAUUAUGAUGAAUUUUGGAUUCCAGGAAAGUUACAACCUCCGAUACAAGGAUACGAAAAGAAAAAAAAGAAAGCAGGUGUGGUUGUGAAGCAAUGUUUCGUGUUCAUGUGCAUUUUUCGACGGAUCGAUGGACAUAGGAAGAUGUUGGCAUCUGAUAUUAUGCAAGUUGAAAAUUAUAGGAAAGUUGGCAUUAGACCUCCGCACAUGUACGCAGCAUUUGCCAAUCAAUGUGGUGGAUAUGAGAAGGUCGGGUUUAUCAGGAAAGAUAUUUACAAUGAAGAAGGGCGCAUGAGGAGGCAACAUAGUUCAGAUGCAAGGGGUGCAUUGAAGUAUUUAUAUGAUUUACGCAAGAAAGAGCCAAUGAUGUAUGUUUCAUGCACUGCGGAUGAAGAGUCAAGACUACAACGGUUGUUUUGGUCUGAUACUGAGAGCCAAUUGCUUUAUCAGGUAUUUGGUGACGUUCUGGCAUUUGAUGCCACUUACAAGAAAAAUAAGUAUUUGUGCCCUUUUGUUGUUUUCUCUGGUGUGAACCACCAUAAUCAGACAAUAGUUUUUGUUGCUGCUAUUGUGACUGAUGAGACGGAAGAAACAUAUGUUUGGUUGUUAGAACAGUUGUUGGUAGCAAUGAAAGGAAAAGCUCCCUGUUCAAUAAUAACUGAUGGAGAUCUGGCUAUGAGGAAUGUUAUAACAAGAUUCAUGCUAGGUGUUUCUCACAGAUUGUGUGCGUGGCACUUAUUGCGUAAUGCAUUGAGCCAUGUCCGAGACAAACAUGUUUUGAAAUGGUUGAAGAAACUAAUGCUUGGUGAUUUUGAAGUGGUUGAAUUCGAAGAAAAAUGGAAAGAGAUGGUUGCUACGUUUGAAUUGGAAGACAAUAGUUGGAUUGCUGAACUUUAUGAAAAACGGAUGAAAUGGUCUACUGCCCAUUUGAGGGGUCAUUUUUUUGCGGGCAUACGAACAACAUCUCGUUGUGAAGCUUUCCAUGCACAUGUUGCAAAAUAUGUUCAUUCACGCACUAAUUUAACCGAUUUUGUAGAAUAA